AUGGAAAACCACCACACACAGCCUAUCGAGCUUUUCGCUCCCACGGAGUUCCUCGCGCCCACGACCCGCGAAAUGUACGAGUUUCAGCAGGAAGUCGUCCAGGAACUUCAAAAGUUGGGUUGUUUGUGGGCAGAGGCUAUUGCGCGCAUCAACUAUGUCUGGGGUGACGCUGACCCUGCCGAGGAAUACUACGAGAUUGUCUAUCAUGAAUUCCCGGAAUACUGGGCUCAUGGAAUGUAUUAUGAAGGGUAUGCUCCGUAUUGGGAAGAACAUGUGGACCGGUCAACGUGGGAGGUGAAAGAGGCACCACCGCGAGAUUCGGUUUGUUGGACUGUCAAGGAUAGUGAGAGCCAGAUUGGGCAGUCUGUUGAUGUGUUGAAAGCUCCGUUUGAGGAAUAA